ACCGCCGAGAACAAUAUUUAAAAAUUCAUAUCGAAAAAACUGACUUAACAAUUGUUAACUUAUCAAUCGUGAUAGUGGUACACAUAGAAAUAUUUUUUUUUCAAAUAAAAAAAUCCAACGAGAAGCAAUAAAAAGAUCUAAAAAAUUGUUGUUAUAAAUAUCUAUAGAUAAUAUUAAUCGGGAUGUUGCAUAGUGCAUUACCAAGAGCAUUUUUAGCACCACCAGGACUUUGUUACCUAGGUGGUUAUUAUGGAGAAACAAUAAAUCCAUAUAGUUCAGUUGCAAGAUACAUACCAUUGGAUAGCAAUGUUUAUAAUAAUAUACAACAUAGUCAUCACAGUGAAUUAUCACAUAUUGAAUUAAUAAGACCACCAAGUCCAUGUCCAUUAGAUUUAUCAUUAAAACAACCAGAAUUAUCUGAAUCAUCAUCAAGUCCAAAGCCACUUGAUGUUGAAACAAUUGAAGUUGAUGAUGAUAAUGAUAUAUCAAUUAAUAAAAAAUAUAAUAAUGCUGAUUGGAAUUGUCAAGUGGUUGGUAUUGAUGGUCAUCAUACACCACCACCUUCACUUUCAUCUUUACCACCACAACAACAACCAUUGUCAUUGUCAUCUCUAUCAUCAGCAGCAUCAUCAUCAUCAUCAUCAACAGGAUCAAGAUCUUUUGUCUAUGAUGAUUUAUAUAAUCAAGAUGUUUCAACAAAAAAUAUUAAUGCUAUUUCUUAUACAAGUGAAACAACAAUUCAAGAAUUCAACAAUUCAAGUCCAUUAUCUACUCAAAAAUUAUUACCAUCAUCAUCACCACCGUUAUCAUCGCCUAGUAGCAUUAGAGCAAUACAAAAUUAUGAACAACAAUUAUUAUUAACACCACAACAUCAUUUACAAGGUGCACCAAUGACACCACCAAGUACACCAUCACCACCACAAUGUCACAGACGUCGUCAACGUUCAGAUGAUGAUGAUGAUUGUGAUACAACACCAAUAAAUACAACAACAACAACAAUAACAACAACACCAAAAACAUCAUCAAAUGAUAAUAAUAAAAUAACAAGACCAAAAAAAAAACAUGCUAGAAGAUUAAAAUUUGAUGAAGAUACAAGUAGUCCAGUAUCUGGUACAGUUAUACUUGGUCCAGAUGAAGCUGUUGUUACUGGUGAUAUUGAUCCAGCAUUUAAUAUUGUUGAAGUUACUGAUGAAGCACGUGCUGAAUUAGCUAAAAUUGAAAAUCGUCUUGGUCCAUAUCAAUGUAAAUUAUGUCGUCAAUUACAUGAUGAUGCAUUUCAAUUGGCACAACAUAGAUGUUCAAGAAUAGCACAUGUUGAAUAUCGUUGUCCUGAAUGUGAUAAACGUUUUUCUUGUCCAGCAAAUUUAGCAUCACACAGAAGAUGGCAUAAACCAAGAAUACCAAGUGUUAAUAGUAUUAACAAUCCUGAUAAUUUACCAUCAACUUCAUCACCAACAACAACAGCAACAACACUUGAUAUACCAUGUACAAAAUGUGAUGCUAAAUUUACAAGACAAGCUGCACUUAAAAAACACAUGGCAAAUCAACAUUCAGAAUUAAUUAAUAAUAAUACAGCAAUUAUUAAUAGCAACAAUUUUAUUGAUACAUCGAAUGAUAGUAUGACAAUGGCUAAACCAAUUGGUGAUGGUUUACAGCCACUUUGGAUGACGCCUCAUUCAGCUGAAUUAGCCUGACAUCAGUAUCCAGCAAGACCAUUGCCAAGAAAACCUGGUAUCUACUGGAGAUUUGGACUUGAUCUCAUGUAAUUAUUAUUUUUUUAAAAACAAAUUAAUUUUUAAAUCAAUAUUUAUUUAUUUUUAAUAAAUAAAAGUAUUUUUUUUAUUU